AGCUUUGCACUACCAUCAAUUGCUCAAUUCAAGCUAAUAAUCCAAUAUCUAUGGCUCCAUCUCAUAGCUUUUCUGAUUCAAACUCAUUGUUCAAUUUUGUAGUCCGAGAGGGCAAUGGCGUGAAGGGCAUGGUGGAUUCAGGCCUAUCAAAGGUACCGCAACAGUACGUGCAACCUCAACAAGAAAGAAUCGACAAGUUAAAUGCAACCUCAAAUAAUAACCCACCAAUUGACAUGUCUAAAUUAGAUGGUCCUGAUCGUGAUCGAGUGGCAGAGGAAAUUGCUAGAGCAGCUGAGACUGUAGGGUUCUUUCAGGUGGUGAACCAUGGCGUGCCUUUAGAUUUGCUUGAGGCAUUGAAAGAUUCAGCUCACAGUUUCUUUGGCCAACCACCUGAAAGGAAGGCUAUUUAUCGUAAGGGCGUGACCCCAACCCCACUGGUUAAGUAUGGGACUAGUUUUGUGCCUGAGAAGGAGAAGGCAUUGGAAUGGAAAGACUAUAUUAGUAUGAUCUAUACUAAUGACGCUGAAGCUCUUCAGUUUUGGCCUAAAGAAUGCAAGGAAGCCGCUCUCGAGUAUCUGAGAACAUCAAUGACGAUGGUAAGAAAACUACUACAAGUUUUGAUGGAGAAGCUAGGAGUAAGUGCAGAUAUUGAUGCCAAAAUAGAUGCACUAACUGGGUUGAAGACGGUGAACAUGAAUUUCUACCCAACAUGCCCAAAUCCUGAGCUCACAGUAGGCGUGGGUAGGCAUUCAGACUUGGGUACUCUCACCGUGUUGUUGCAGGAUGGAAUUGGUGGUCUCUAUGUCAAAGUGGAAGAAAAUAUGGACGGCGACGUAAAGGGAGAGUGGAUGGAAAUCCCACCAAUUCCUGGUGCUUUAGUCAUCAAUGUUGGUGAUACACUUCAGAUAGUGAGCAAUGGAAGGUACAAAAGUGCAGAACAUAGAGUGCGAACUACAAGCAGUCAAUCGAGAGUUUCAAUACCAAUUUUUACGAUCCCGAAAGGAACAGAGAAGAUUGGACCAUGGGCUGAAGUAGUGGAGAAAGAUGGGGUGGCUCGUUACAGAGAGAUAGUGUUUGAAGAGUACUAUAACAAUUUCUUUGGAAAUGCACACGAGGGAAAGAAAUCUCUUGAUUUUGCACGAAUAUAUUAGCUUCAUCUUCACAAAACUUAUCUUGCUAUGUGACUAGUAGCAGCAAUAAUAGAAUAACCUUCUGGCUGUGACAGAAGUGAACAUAUUACGUGUAUAAAUAUAGAAUAUUCUCAACUGAGUUGGCUCUGUUAAUACUUAAUUAAUUGAACCUUAAUUCCUAAGCAACGGUUCGAUUAA